AUGUCCGUUGCGACCAUGCUACAACCCGCAUCAAGAAUCUCACGGGCAUCCUCGUCCUCAUCCUCGUCCUUUCAGCCCGUCACACGACAGAACACCAUGUCGUCGCACGAUACGCGGUCGCUCCGCCAGUCCAAGCGCAUGUCAGUGACUGCGUUGUACCUGUCUAUGUCCGCGAAGGACAGAGACUUGGAAAUUUCGGAUGACCUGGCUCGCGCCCAGAAAUACCUGCGUGAACUCAAGUCGAAGAUCUCCACCCAGUCCAAGAAGAACUUCGUCCUCGAAAAAGAUGUACGGUACUUGGACUCGCGAAUCGCAUUGCUGAUCCAGAACCGGAUGGCUUUGGAGGAGCAAAACGAAGUCGCAAGCCACCUUGAUGAUGUUGACCCUGCCGAGGGCUUCUUCCCGAACGAUGACCGAACUCAGAAAUACGGGAACCUCCUUUUCUUGCUCCAAUCCGAACCUCGUCACAUCGCCCACCUUUGCCGUCUCGUUUCCAUGGCCGAGAUCGACGCCCUUCUGCAGACUGUGAUGUUUACCAUUUACGGUAACCAGUAUGAGAGCCGUGAGGAGCAUCUGCUGCUCACCAUGUUUCAGUCCGUCCUCACCUAUCAAUUCGACAACACCCCCGAAUACUCCUCCCUCCUGCGCCAAAACACCCCCGUGUCCCGAAUGAUGACUACCUACACACGCCGCGGCCCCGGCCAGAGCUAUCUUAAGCAGGUGCUCGCCGAGCGAAUCAACUCCCUUAUCGAAUUGGACGAUGUCGACUUGGAAAUCAACCCCCUCAAGGUGUAUGAGACCAUGGUAAAACAGAUCGAAGAGGAGACUGGCACUCUGCCCGACCACCUUGCCCGAUCUGUCACUGCUGAGGAUGCGGAGGCAAACCAGCAGGUGCAGGCGAUUAUUGCCCCUCGUUUGAAGAUGUUGACAGACAUUGCGAACGGUUUCUUGAACACGAUCAUCGAUUCGGUGAAUGAGGCGCCCUACGGUAUUCGGUGGAUCUGCAAGCAGAUUCGAUCCCUGUCUCGUCGCAAGUACCCCGAUGCGCAAGACCAGACGAUCUGUACUCUGAUCGGUGGUUUCUUCUUCUUGCGCUUCAUCAACCCUGCCGUGGUUACGCCUCGUUCCUAUAUGUUGAUUGAUGCGGUUCCCGGCGACAAGCCUCGUCGAACUCUGACCCUGAUUGCGAAGAUGAUCCAGAAUUUGGCUAACAAGCCCUCGUAUGCCAAGGAGCCUUACAUGGCCAGCUUGCAGCCAUUCAUUGAGUCAAACAAGGAGCGAGUCAACAAGUUCCUACUGGACCUCUGCGAAGUCCAGGACUUUUAUGAGAGUCUUGAAAUGGACAACUACGUCGCUCUGUCCAAGCGUGAUUUGGAGUUGCAGAUCACCCUCAACGAAAUGUACUCCACGCACUCGCUUUUGGAGAAGCAUGCCACCGCUCUGACUCAGGACGCCAACUCCCACCUUGCGCUUUUUCGGUGGGAAACCGCUUUAGACGACAUGACGGCGGCUCUGGAUAUCACCCAAGAAGAAGUCUUUUUCAUGGAGGCGAAGUCAACCUUCGUCCAGAUCCUGCGAUCUCUGCCUCAGAACUCCUCCGUCGCUCGCCGACCCUUGCGGCUAGACCGCAUUGCCGAAGCUGCUGCAACCUUGAAGAACGAUGCCGUUAUGGUCCGCAAGGGUAUUCGCACCAUGGAGCUCCUGAGCCAACUACAGGACAUGGGUGUGAUCGACCGCUCCGAUGAGUUUAGUCUGCUCCGCGACGAAGUUGAGCAGGAGCUUGUUCAUCUUGGUUCGCUGAAAGAAAAGGUGCUGGUUGAGACCAAGCAACUGGAGGAGGUUUUCUCCACCAUCCGUGACCACAACGCGUACCUGGUGGGUCAACUGGAGACUUACAAGUCCUAUCUCCACAACGUGCGUAGUCAGUCCGAAGGCAAAACUCGGGCGGGCGGUAAAUCGAAUGAGAAGAAGCAGGAGCUUGGCCCGUACAAGUUCACCCACCAGCAACUGGAGAAGGAGGGUGUGAUUCGACGCAGCAAUGUUCCCGAGAACCGUCGUGCGAACAUCUACUUCAUGUUCAAGAGUCCACUCCCUGGUACUUUUGUUAUUAGUCUCCACUACAAGGGCCGCGCUCGUGGGCUGCUCGAGCUUGACCUCAAACUUGAUGAUCUUCUUGAGAUGCAAAAGGACAACCAAGAAGAUCUGGACCUGGAAUACGUGCAAUUCAAUGUCACCAAAGUGCUUGCUCUUCUGAACAAGCGAUUUGCUCGCAAAAAGGGAUGGUAA